AAGUCUUUGUGCUGCUGUUUUGGACUGUCAUCAGUCUAUUAUGAUUAAGAAGAUUGAGCUUGGACAGAAGAAAGUAUCAUUCAAGCUUCGGGGAUGCGUCAGCGCUUUGACUCUUGCUGUUAUUCACAACUUCAAGUGUCGUAAUCUGGAUUAUUCAAAUGUCAGUAAGCCAUUUAUCAGUUAUUGGCAGGAUGAGAAGGAUUUGACUAAUGUUGUGAAGCAGUUUGAGAUCAACAUGGAUUUUAUUCUGCCGGUGAAGCGUGAAAAACAGAAGGAAUAUGUGAAGAACAUGCACAAGUUGAAGAGGAAUGCGCUUGCAUUCUGUCAAGUGAAUUUGGAGAUUGCCCAGAAUAUUCGGGAGGAAGGCGAGAAGCUGUCUCAAGACAGUAUUUCUCUGGAUGAUAGUGAAGUAUUUAACCCAGAUUUUCUGAGUCAAAUUGACGACAUAUGCAAGCGUCAUUUGGAAGCGAAAGACAGUGCAAACAAAGUUGAUCCUACAAUUUCACUAUUGGUGAAGCGGCCUGUUGAAUUGGAGUUUGGAAGAAUUGAAAAUGUUCCUGAUUUGGAUUCUGGUGUUCAUGGAGUUGAUUUGAAAGAAGGAAAUGAUGAAAAAGAAGGAGAGGAGGAUGAGAAGAAGAUGAAUGCUGAUGAUGAUCAGCAUAAAGAAGAUGAUGAUGAUGAUGAUGAUGAUGAUGGUGAUGAUAAGGAUCACCAGAAUUAUAAUGAGAAAAGGAUGAUGAUGCUGAUGAUAAUGGUGAUCCUGGUCUUCAAGGAGAUGAAGACAAAGGAGUAGAUAAGGAUGCUGGUCUUCAUGAGAUGAAGACAAAGGAGGAG